AUGACGUCCACGAAGCCCUCUAUCUCAACCUCUCUCGUCACAUUUCCUCACAACCACUUCAAAAUUCUCUUCAAAAACGAAUCGGAACAACCUUCUGGGUCCUUCAAACUCCGAGGCUUGGGGCAUUUGAUCGGACACCUGAUUCACCAGGCUCAAACUCUUGGUAAGACCAAUGUGGCCAUCUUCUCCUCCUCGGGAGGUAACGCAGGACUCGCAGCUGCCUUCUCCAGCAAGCACUAUGGUCUAAAAUGCACGGUGGUGCUUCCCACCAUCUCCAAGAAAAUCGUAAUCAGUCAACUCGAAGCAUUGGGGGCCACAGUCAUAGUCCAUGGUGCCCAUUGGGGUGAAGCUGAUGAGUACCUCCGUACCACUGUCAUUGGCUCGCUUGACGACUCGAUUUAUCCUGUCUACUGCCAUCCUUUUGACGAUCCUAUCAUCUGGGACGGCCAUGCCCAAUUGGUCGACGAGCUCCUCCAGCAGCUAGAAAAUGCUGAUACUACGGCUGACAAUAUCAAGGGUGUGGUGUGUAGUGUCGGGGGAGGUGGCUUGUACAAUGGUGUGGUUGAGGGAUUGCAACGAAACGGACUCUCGGUUCCAGUACUUGCGGUGGAGACCACACAGACAAACUGCUUCAGUUCAGCCUUGGAUGCUGGCAAAGUGGUCAGACUAGCAAAUAUAAAGACGUUGGCUACAUCUUUGGGGUCGCCAUACAUUUCUCAAAAAUCGUUGGACAACCAUGCAAGCUACCCCACAACUGUGAAGGUAAUUGAUGACUUGGAUGCGGUUCAGGGAGUGAUAGACCACUUUGACCACACUGGAUCCUUAGUGGAGCCUGCUUGCGGGGCCACGAUGGCAUUUGCAUAUGGCAAAGUGGACCAGUUGGAGAAGGUGUUUGGAAAAUUGACCCAGGACGAUGUGAUUGUAUUUGUAGUGUGUGGAGGAACUGGAGUUGACCAGAGCAUUCUUGAAGAGUAUCGCAAGCUUGUGGAGGCUGGUAAUGUGCAAUAG